GCAUCAUAACGACACGACGAACUGUUAUGUUUUCAGUAGCAACCGUCACUCUGGACUGAAUAAAGUCGUUUUUAAAGAUUGAAAAAUGUCCACUGUACUUGAUGACACAGCAGGGGAUGCACCAGUCCGAGACUUCACAGUGAACCUGUCCAGACUCGCAGCAGAUUCAUCGCUGCACCAGAAUGCUCGGGCACGGCAGGACAUCUCGCGGGCGUCCAGGGAAGAGCUGGAGGACCGGUUCUUGCGCCUCCACGAGGAGACCCUGCUCCUCAAACAGCACACUCACAAACAGGACGACAAGAUCAAGAAGCUGGGCACGAAGCUGAUGAGGCUGGUGAAGGACCGCGGUCGCAUGGAGCAGCUGGCGGCGGGCGGAGGCCAGCUGGUCUCCAGGGGGCGCGACGUGGAGAUGGAGGAGAUGAUGGAGGAGCUCCAGGAUAAAGUCCGAGGACUGCAGACUGAGAAUGAGGGGCUGAAGAGGCGCCUCCUGGUGGCCAAGGGGCAGCUCAUCAACUCGCAGAGCACACGGUCCACGCCGUACGGCCGCGUCCAGUCACGAGUCAACUCGGGGUUAACGAAGCUGCGAGAUGACGCGUCCUCUCCUCCAACACGAACAAAAAGCUCAGAGGGGGGGGGCCGACCUCCCACCGGACUCCUGCCUCGAUUCGGACAUAGCCUGCUGGAGGAGGCGAGGGCCGAGGUCCGCAACCUAGAGAACGUGAUGGAGCUGCAGCGCAGACACGUGGAGGAGAUGGAGGCAGCGUCAGAGAUGCUGAGGGAGGAGCUGAGGAGGAAGGAGGCAGAGUAUGAGGAGAGACUUCUGCAGGUCCGACAGCAGCAGACCUCCAAACUGAGGUCUCAUGUCGACAGUAACGUGGUGCUGAUCCAGCUGCAGCAGCAGCUGUCGGACCGCUCCGUCAGCGUCACAGAGCUGGAGGGACGGUUUCUACAACUACAGGAG